ACGGAAGAGGACUAGCGUGUUAAGUGGGAAAUGCUGUGUUCUUCUGCUUGCUUAACCCUUCUCCAUGGAAAACCCAACAAUCACCAAAAACAUCAAAAUACCAUCACCACCUUCAAAACACUGACAUUCACCGCCCUCAGUCUUCCACGCAUAUCUUGGGACUGUUGCACACUUUGAUACCGGAUGUGACUGUUCUGCGGUGGACAGUAGACCAUGCUGUCUAGCUGAAACUUUUACACUCUCUUUUGCCCACAGCUGUCUUCCAUCCCAUACGACAACUGCAAGCUCUACUACCUGACAAUUCACAAUGUCACAGCCAGAUGCAGCUGCUGCGGCCCCUGCCAGCGACGUAACUGUUGCCAACGGGAGUCAGCCAGAUGCUGGUGGAUUCAAACUGAAGUUCUGCACGGUUUGUGCCAGUAACAACAACAGAUCUAUGGAAGCACAUCUGCGACUCGCGGCAGCCAACUUCCCUGUCAUCUCAUUUGGCACGGGUUCUCUGGUGCGUCUGCCAGGAGCUUCCAUGAACACCCCCAACGUAUACCACUUCAACAAGACCUCAUACGAUAGCAUGUAUAAGGAGCUUGACGCGAAGGAUCCACGCUUGUACCGGGCAAAUGGGAUAUUGAACAUGCUUGACCGGAAUCGCAACGUGAAAUGGGGACCAGAGCGAUGGCAGGACUGGCAGGUUGGGAUGCCUAGACUAGAUCAUGCGAAGGAGAGAGGGUUUGAGGGGACGGAGGGGGGAGUUGCUGAUAUCGUGAUCACUUGUGAAGAGAGAUGCUGGGACGCUGUAGUUGACGACCUCCUCAGCCGAGGCUCGCCCUUGAACCGCCCAGUUCACGUCAUCAACGUGGACAUCAAGGAUAACCAUGAAGAGGCCUUGGUGGGCGGACGCGGCAUCUUGGAUCUCGCCGAGUCGCUGAACAAGGCAGCCGCAGAGGAGCGUGAUAUCCGUGGAGCGUCAUCCUUUGACCAGGGCAGUGCUGCGAGUCGGUCGGGCUUCGACGAGAGGGUCCCGGACAUUAUCGGUGAAUGGCAGGAGCGAUGGCCAAACCUACCCGCGACAUGGACACUGGCCUGGUUUUAAGAUGGGGUGGCCAAUGCUUUUAUGCUGUCGGCGUGUGCGCGAAGAUAUACCCAGUUGGCUUCGACGAAAUGAUGAAGAAAUGAAAUGCAUUGUAUAAUUUGACGAGUCUCACUCAACACAAAUGGAUCCGUCCAUCCAUCCGUCAUCCAUCCAUCCCGUGGGUGUCGUUGCACCGGAACAUCCGAAACAAAGCAAACAUGAUGAAUGAAUCCGCAGUGAAACACCGUGCACUUAGGUUGCAGAAUCUUCUGGCCAUCAAACAUUGAAAUUGGAACUGUGCAUACUUGGGUUGUUGGAUUGUCUUACUCGGAGACUCGUUCGUGCAUUGUGCGUUUAUGCGCUUUACAGGGGAUCCUGUUCAGGCUGUUCCUGACUAGAAGAGACCCAAUGGGAAGAUUUGAUUGGAUAGCUGGUCGAUCCGGGGAUAACUAAACUUGGUACCUGUCCAACCUUUUCCAACCUCAGCGCCUCUCCAGACUCUCCAGACUCUCCAGACUCUUCCGUGUCCUCCACAAUUGGCUGUGUGCCAUACUUGUAGAACGGUUAGUAUGGAUGUAGUAUGAUAUGGAUCAGAGUAUGGAUCAGAGUAUGGAUCACAGUAUGACACAACUCCGACCUGAAUUGUACAAUACCAUACAAUAUCACAGAUCACUUUCCUUUUUAUGAAUUCUCACAUUGCGAUUUAUGAUCGAGGUACUGUACAUACAUAACUUUGUCUCCAAGAGUAAUCCAAGUACAUUCCUA